AAUGUUUCUCCGGACCAAGAUACCCUUUAUCCCUGCUCUCUGCCUCUGCGGCUGCUUGGCGCCUCGGCCUCUCGAGUAAGGAGAGCGCAUGGCUGCUAUUCCCGGCUGCGGCUUUCGACGCCUAAGCUCCCGCCCAUGGCUUCAAAAAGCUCGUUGUUGUUCUUCUUCUACUUAUCCUUCUCUUUCUCUUCCCACUGAAAAUACAGAGACUCGUCCUUCGUUCUUCCCAAAGCGAGGCCAGACACUGGAGCUCGUGUGCGAGAGCUUAGCUUUCAAGGGCAAGGGCGUCUGCAAGGUCUCCGACACCGGCUUCAUCGUCAUGUGCGAUGGCGCCCUCCCCGGCGAGCGUUUCCUCGGCCGCGUCACCCGCAAGAAAGGAAACUACGCUGAGGUACAGAAGAUUGAGACAAUUUUGCCCCACUGGGACUCUGUUAGUGCCCCAUGUGAACAUGCGUCAGACUGUGGAGGCUGUAAAACACAAAACCUACUGUAUGAGGCUCAGGUUAGAGCGAAGGAACAACAAGUCCAUGAGUUGAUGAUUCAUGUUGGGAAUUUUUCCAAUAAAGAUCCAGAAUUUGCUACCAUUAUGAAGCCCAUUGUUCCAUGCAAUGUUCAGUUUCAUUAUCGCAAUAAGAUGGAGUUUUCAUUUGGCACGCAGAAAUGGCUACCCAGAGAGAAAAUGCUCCAAGAAAAAGAUCAGGAUUCAAUUGGUUAUGCAUUGGGAUUGCAUGCUCCUGGAUUUUUUGAUAAGGUUCUCCACGUUGAGAAGUGCCUAUUGCAAAGUGAGGCUGCUAAUGCGGUUCUCGCAGCUAUUCAAGAUUGUUGGAGAGAUCCUGAAUUAGGACUAACUCCAUAUGAUGUUCACUCUCAUGCUGGGUUUCUUAAACAUCUAAUGCUAAGAACUGGCAGGGAUGUCAACACUGGCCUGCCUGAACUGAUGGUUAAUUUUGUGACUUCGUCAUAUAAGCCAGAGCUACUGAAGCCUCUGGUUAAGAAGAUUUCAGCGAUUCCUGAAGUGGUAAGUAUCAUGAAUAAUGUGAAUACUUCCGUUGGUAACACGUCUGUUGGGGAGGAAGAAUACAAUUUAUAUGGGAAGUUAACUAUCACGGAGAUUUUAAGAGGAAUUACAUUUCAAAUUUCAGCAAACUCUUUCUUUCAGACAAAUACUCAUCAGUGCUCUUCAUUUUUAAGAUGCAACCAUCUUAUUCAGGCAGAGGUUCUCUAUGAGCUGAUUGAAGAUUGUGCUGGUCUCGGAGGAGAUGGCUCGGAAAUUAUUCUUGAUCUGUUUUGUGGAACUGGCACCAUUGGUUUGACCCUUGCGAGAAGGGUCAAACAUGUUUAUGGCUACGAAGUAGUGCCUCAAGCAAUUUCAGAUGCUCGCCGGAAUGCAGAGAAGAAUGGCAUCCAUAAUGCUACAUUUAUCCAAGGGGAUCUUAAUAAAAUCAAUGAGAAUUUCGGAAAUGAAUUCCCUCAGCCUGACAUUGUCAUUGCAGAUCCUAAUCGUCCUGGCAUGCACAUGAAGCUGAUUAAAUAUCUACUUAAACUGCGUGCCCCACGCAUCAUUUAUGUUUCUUGUAAUCCUGCUACUUGUGCUCGCGACCUUGAUUACCUUUGCCAUGGUUCGGCAGAGCAAAAUAUAGAGGGGUGUUACAAGCUGAAAAGUCUACAACCAGUGGACAUGUUUCCACACACUCCCCAUAUCGAGUGUGUUUGCUUGCUGGAGCUUUAUUGAUGACUUAUUCUAAUUAUUUUUCCUGGUCUAGAGGUUUUGAAGUAUGUGAACCUAUAUGCUAGGUGUGGAUAGGGAAUUGGGGUGAUAAUGGUUGUUUCAAGUUUCAAGCAAGUCAAUACGCCUGCAAGAUUACAGGGGACGAGAUGUGGUGACCAAACAUUGUUAUAUUCCAUGCGAAAAUGGUAAGCUGGUGCAAUGAUCUCUGACCACUACCUAUCUGCAAGAAUCAUAACAUAGAAUAGGUAUUUUUGCAUUUAUUAUUUAUUAUUUUUAUUUUAAAGGUAUUUUUGUUUACUGUAUGUAUUUUACUAUUUAUCCAUAAUGAGAAACCCACUAUUCUAGA